AGAGGACGCCGAUUGGUUUCUCGCUUCAAGUUCCUCUCUCCCCGCUCGUAAUCCCUACGCUUCCGUCCAUCUUCGCCGCUUCCAUCAUGAACCACCCGUCGUCCGCUUUUGGCUUAGGUUCUGCCGCUCCGCCUCCCCCUCCGCCUGCCGCCCAUGGUGGCCCAGCCGGUAGGGAUUGGAGGACGUCGGUAGAGCAGUUCUUGUCGGAUCUCACAGACCGGAACCUCCGUGAGAAUGCGUUGCUGGAGCUGUCCAAGAAAAGAGACAUAUUUCAUGAUUUGGCACCUCUAUUAUGGCACUCUUUUGGAUCUAUUGCAGCACUUCUUCAGGAGAUAAUUUCGAUAUACCCUUAUCUUUCUCCUCCAACUUUAUCAUCAGCGGCAUCAAAUCGAGUUUGCAAUGCUCUCGCCCUUCUUCAGUCUGUUGCCUCACAUUCUGAAACAAGAGUUCAUUUCCUAGAGGCACAUAUACCUUUGUACUUGUAUCCCUUUUUGAAUACAACUAGUAAAACAAGGCCAUUCGAGUAUCUAAGGUUGACCAGCUUGGGAGUUAUCGGUGCUCUUGUGAAGGUAGAUGAAACUGAGGUCAUUGGAUUUCUUCUCCGAACUGAGAUAAUUCCAUUGUGUCUGCGCACAAUGGAGAUGGGUAGUGAACUCUCAAAAACCGUUGCAACUUUUAUUGUCCAGAAGAUAUUGUUGGAUGAUGUGGGGCUUAGCUACAUUUGUGCGACUUCAGAACGGUUUUACGCUGUAGGCCAAGUCCUUGGAUCCAUGGUCACAUCACUUGCUGAAAGACCAUCAGUGAGAUUACUGAAGCAUAUAAUUCGUUGUUACCUCAGGCUUUCAGAGCACCAAAGGGCAUGUGAAAGGUUGAUCAAUUAUCUUCCUGAUAUUCUAAAAGAUGGUUCAAUUAACAGUUAUCUUCAUGAUGAUCCUGGAACUCGACAUUGGCUUCAACAACUACUACACAAUGUUAACACAGCAAACCGAGCAACUAAUCAUCAGGGACGACUUGAUCACAUUAUUGGAAGUUAGGAUGUUAAGGAUGGACGAAUUUGAUUCAGUUAUAGUUAUCCCCGUUUGUUUUUUUUUUCUUUUGCAAAUUAGCAUUUUAGGUAUGAUACAUAAUUUAUCUCGUCAUAUUUUUUGUAACCUCUAUUUUUUCCCCCUGCUGGAUGGUGCAAAUAUUAACCAUU